AUGAAGUUCGUUAUAUUAGCUUUACUUGCUUUGGCAUCUGGACUCCAUGCCGCAAAAUUAGACUUAAAGAACUUGGGAUUUGUCCUUUAUGGAAAGCAUGGUGAAGGUACUAAAACCACUGUUGCAGCCGGCAAAUGUCCACUCGGAGAGCUUCCUGACACUGUAUUCCUUCACAAGACCUUUCUUAAGGCAGGUAAAUUUUUCACAUGGGUCAGACCAGUACAUGCUAAAGUUGAUGAGGUAGUAUCUGGAUCACAUAAAGUUUGGAAAGCUGCUGCCGGUGAAGUACUUCUUGACUUGCACUUUGUAGGUAACAAGGAUUCUGAGAAGUUCCUCCACUUGGAACUUUUCCACCCAGCUGUAGGAUCACACCACUUAUUCCUUAAAUUCGCUGCCGGUGCUGUUCCUGGUGAUGGUGUUGUUCUUGGUAUGGGUGCCUUUGUAGUUGGUGUCCAUGGUCUAGUCAAAGAUCUCCAUUUACUUGAAGGACUUCCUGCUCAUCCACUUGUCCAUGCAUUGGCUGCACAUGCUGCACAUGUUCCUCAUAAAGUUGGUGUUGUUGCUGCCGAGGCUGGUGCUCUCUAA